CACUCGCACGACUCCACACUCUGAAAAAAAAAAAAAAACCAGUUCAAACGUCCACUGGAUGCUGCGCCAGCCGCUUCACCUGCUUCUGACACUGUAGCCUAGAGUAUCUUUAAUAUUUUUGUCGGGGAGCAGCAUUCAUGAAUUAACUGCUAAAAAACCCCAAAAAACACAGCGUUAGUAAAAGAUGAUUUCGCCGUGGGACCGGUGGUACUCGACGAGCUGCUGCCUCUGCUGCCAUGUACGGACGGGCACCAUUAUUCUGGGAAUAUGGUACAUGAUAAUCAACGCGGUGGUCCUGCUCAUCUUGUUGUCAGCUCUCUAUGACCCAGUUCAGUACCGCUAUCACCUUACCAGCUCAGAGUUGGGAACUGACAUCGAUGUCAUGGACGAUGCAAAUAUUUGCAUUGCCACUGCAAUAUCCCUUCUCAUGAUUCUUAUAUGCGGCAUGGCAACAUAUGGUGCUUACAAGCAACACGCUGCUUGGAUCAUUCCAUUCUUCUGCUACCAGAUCUUCGACUUUGCCCUUAACACUCUGGUGGCCAUUAGUGUGGUGGUUUAUCCCAACACGGUGCAGGACUACCUUCAACAGCUGCCGGGGACAUUCCCUUACAAGGAGGACAUCAUGUCCACAAACAAUGUGUGCCUAGUCUUUGCAGUCCUGCUCUUCAUUGGCUGCAUCCUCUCCUUCAAGGCCUACCUGAUUGGCUGUGUGUGGAACUGCUACAGAUACGUGAGCGGCAGAGGCACCACAGAAGUCCUGGUGUAUGUCACGACAAACGACACGACGGUCCUGCUGCCGCCGUACGAGGAAGCAGUGACCAUCCCGCCGAAGGACCCCCCUCCUCAGUACGUGGAGGCAUGAGAGACGACCUCGCUGCUGAAUUAGACACCCAAACAAACACCUUCCAUAUCUACUUCUCAACAGUAGGAUCCCAACUCAGGCUGCAGUACCAAGUCAAGGCCAUGUUUUGUUUUGUUUUUCUAGAUGCCAGUUUCAGCCUGAGUUCCUGUCAAGUUUAGAUUAGAUGAAACUGACCUUGACGUAACUUUGCUACUUCCUGCUGCCCCCACCCCCAGUUUGUUGUGACGUAUCGUCUCCUCCAAGGACAGCGUGACCGUUCCCGCCAGCGCUCCCUGCAGGCAGCUGCUCUUCCCUGGAAGCAUCUGAACUCUUGGCACUGCCAGAACGCUCUGACCCAACUUUAUUCAAACCCCCCCCCCCCUCCCUUUUUUUUUUUUUCCUUCUCCUCCCGCUUAAAUUAAAAGCUGCACCCGUUUGGCCACCAACUGUUAACCCCGAUACUGUGAAUCAAACCCUGGUGUCUUUGAAUAGAGACUUACUAUGUGCAAUGGAUGAGAGACAAAGAAGGGUGUGAAAGAAAAACAACAAAUGUUAUCAGUAAAAUAGCACUUUCAAAAAACAA